AUGACUCGCCGCCGGCGUCCUCGGCGCUCGGGUGCCCUCACCGAAUUGCCGCCGCUGCGCAUCCUCACCCAGAUGGCCAUUCUGCAGGCUCUCUUCUACACUGUUGCUGUGUUGCUGAUGCUCUUCACGGCUCUCGUCUCCGGCCGGUCCUUCUCUUUCGACCUCGUCCUCGGCUGGGAAUCUGUUCGGGGCGACACCACUCAGGGCUGGCUCGUUGCUUUUGUUUGGCUGCUCACUGGCGGCCUCUUUUCGUCCAUCGUCAUCGUCCUCGUCGUCCAGCGCUCAAAGCUCGUUCUCGACUUCGCCCUCUCUCUUCACUUCAUCCACCUCCUCGCCGUCGUCCUCUAUACCGGCUCCCUCCCACACAACGUCGCCUGGUGGAUCACCAUGGCUAUCUCCAGCACCAUCGCCAUUGCCGUCGGCACUUGGGGUUGUCGCUACCGCGAGCUCCAGCCCAUCACGUUUGGCGGCAAGUCCACCACAUCUGCAACAGCAACAGCAGCAGCAGCAUCGUCAGCGCCAGGAGCCCCGGGAGCACCGCCCCAAGCUGGUCCCUCCAACGUCGUCGGUGACGAAGAGCAGGGCUUCACGCGUGGUGGCCGCCGUGGUCGUGGCCGUGAUGGCGCUGGAGAAUACGAAAUGGUAGCCAUGAAGCUCGGCGACGGCAAGUCCCAGAUAUGA